GCCACGCAAUUGGCCGUCUCAAAUCCCUUCAACGCAUAUUCCAUUUGGAGACGAACAUUUAGUUAAGAUGCUGAUCUGUUUGCCCGAUUCAUGGAGAGCGGUCAUGCCUCUAUCUCUUGGUGUGCAGUUGUCGGAUGCAUUCGUCAGACAGCCACAGGUAACCCCAGUGAAUGGUUACCCACUUGCCUGUAAAAAACCAUCCGCAUGUCGCCAACUGAACUGACCGUCCUUAUGCACGAACGCCAUAUCACUUGGCACCUCCACGCCUGUGCAUCAACACAAGCCAAAACCUUAGGCUUCAGCCUUUUCCAGAGACGAUCAAGCCUAAUUCAUAGCAAUGAUGGCUGUCAAUAUUCAAAUGAACUGCAAUGAUCAUCCUGUCCAAUCAGCUUCGGACAGUACUGAUCGCACAGAAGGCUUGCUGCCGGACCUGACAAUUGUGUCCCCAGACAGAGAUCUUCCCACCUUGGCGGGCUGGAAGGUACGAAACACCUUACAAGUGGCUUGAUACGUUGCGCUACGUUAUUCCCGAGGGAUUCAAGUCAAUGUAUCGGAUUCUUACCGAGACGGGUUUUGUUGAACCGGGACGAAAUGGAUAUAAAAACGGAAGUUCCAUCAGGAGCAAACUCGAACCUUGAGAUCCCAAGUUACAAACAUCCGUGAACCCUUCCUGUGAUUUUCACGUCCGAGCCCUUGUUUACCUGCUCUUAGUUGAAAUCAGGUUAGAUAUGGAACGAAGACCCUUCUCGAAAACCCGUUCUUGUCCGACAUCUCUGCCUAAGGAACCUCUCCUGAUCAGUGAGGAUUUCUUUGCAGGCCGUGAAACACUUCAUACGGCAACACCUUCAUCUCCUCAUAUUUUGAUCAUCGGUGGAGGAGUGACAGGCCUGACGACGGCAUGGCUGCUUUUAGAUCGCGGUUAUCGUGUCACGAUCGUGUCCAAAGAAUGGGCAACGUUCGGUUCUGAACAACGACUCACUUCCCAGAUUGCAGGUGCGCUCUGGGAAUUGCCUCCAGCCGGUUGCGGCCCCCAGGCAGUUCAGGAGAAACUUGAAAUGGUGCAAAAAUGGGCACUGGAAAGCCUGAAAAUCUACUGCAAAAUGACAGAGAGCGAAGAGCUCGCUGCAGCGUUCGGUAUAAAAGUGACCAUGUGCACUUCCUUCCACACAAACCGUAUCGUGGACGAUGUGGUGAAGUCCAAGAAGAUGGAACUUGUUUUGGGCAGCAAGCUGGAAGGAUUCCAUUGGGGAAUGGAAUUGCUGGACAAAUAUGGAGCGAACGUGAAUUCCCAUGGUGGCUUAAAGGACGCCUACGAGCAUAUGGCACCGAUUAUCGACACAGAUGUAGCGAUGUCCUUUUUGAUGAGGCUAGUCAAAAGCAAAGGAGCGCAAUUGCACACUGACACAAUCCAUGGCGAUCUACUCGACCAGGAACGACAUCUCUUACGAACCUAUCACGCCGACGCGAUUGUGAACGCAACAGGGGUUAUGGGAUCAGAGACGGCUUCCGACAACACAGUUUACCACCUCCGUGGUGCAGUACUGCGGGUCAUCAAUGACGGAACGGACUUCCCGCGGGUCAAUAAUGCUAUGCUUGUGUCUACGGAGAGCAGGGCGGAUGGGAAUUUCAAAGAUAUGGCUUUUAUUGUACCUAGAAACGACAACAUCCUUAUCCUCGGGUCCAUUACACAGCCCAACCAAUGGCGGGUUGACUUGACACCUGAAUCCCGCGAUAUACAGGACAUGCGUAAACGGUGCGAGGACUUGCUUCCCGUUUUGAAAAAUGCACGACUGGAUCCAAAAUACCCGUUGGCGCAAGGAACUCGUCCAUAUCGAAUGAAAAAUGUUCGCGUGGAGCACGAAACGAGGAAAACAGGUAGUGGAAGGCCAAGCAAGGUCGUUCACGCAUAUGGACAUGGUGGCGCGGGGUGGUCUCUCGCAUUUGGCUCUGCAAGGCAAGUUGGACGGCUCGUAGACGGGGUUUUGAGAAAUAAACAUGCGGCGGAAAAUGAAAUUAUGGCGAGAUUGUGAUUGGUUCUUAGAGGGCUGUAACUACGGAGUAGAAGUUAGUCGAAUCGGAGAGCACCGGAAAAAGGUCUUUGUCGAAUG